AUGGUCUGCUAUUUUCUGUCUAUUUCCCAGAUAUUCAGCCUAGAUCUUGGUGGCAUCUCAACGGUAGUCUUAAACGGCUAUGAUGCCAUGAAAGAAUGUCUGGCGCAUCAGAGCGAAGUGUUUGCAGAUCGACCUUCUCUGCCUUUAUUUCAGAAAAUGACCAAAAUGGGAGGACUCCUCAACAGCAAGUAUGGUCGAGGUUGGAUCGAGCACCGCAAGUUGGCUGUCAACAGCUUCCGCUACUUUGGCAGUGGCCAGAAGCUGUUUGAAAGAAAGAUUGCUGAGGAGUGCAUGUUCUUCCUGGACGCCAUCGACGAACAGAAGGGCAGGCCCUUAAACCCUAAACAUCUGGUGACCAACGCUGUGUCCAACAUCACCAACCUCAUCAUCUUCGGCGAGCGCUUCACAUACGACGACAGGGACUUUCAGCACAUGAUCGAGAUCUUCAGCGAGAACGUGGAGCUCGCCGCCAGUGGCUGGGCCUUCCUCUACAACGCCUUCCCCUGGAUCGGGUACCUGCCCUUUGGCAAGCACCAGAAGCUCUUCCAGAAUGCAGCGGAGGUCUACACCUUCCUCCUGAGGUUAAUUGAGCGUUUCGCCCAGGGAAGAGUGCAGCAGUCACCCCGCCACUACAUCGACGCCUAUCUGGAUGAGAUAGAGCAGAGUGCAAACGACAAGAGCACCUCAUACACCCAAGAGAACCUGAUCUUUUCAGUGGGGGAGCUCAUCAUUGCAGGCACAGAGACCACGACCAACGCUCUGCGCUGGGCCAUGCUCUACAUGGCCCUUUACCCCAGCAUUCAAGAGAGAGUUCAUAAGGAGAUCGACAGCGUUGUGGUGAACGGCCAUCCUCCCACCUUAGACGACAAACAGAGGAUGCCUUAUGUGGAGGCCGUGUUGCACGAAGUCCUCCGCUUCUGCAACAUCGUGCCCCUGGGCAUCUUCCGCGCCACAACUCAAGAUGCCUUCGUGAAUGGGUACACCAUCCCCAAGGGCACCACGGUCAUCACUAACCUGUACUCUGUGCACUUUGACGAGAAGUACUGGGGAGAUCCGGGCACCUUCUCACCAGAAAGGUUCCUGGAUAGCAAUGGCAACUUCAUCAGGAAGGAGGCAUUUCUCCCCUUCUCAUUAGGACGACGGCACUGCCUGGGCGAGCAGCUUGCCAGGAUGGAGAUGUUUCUGUUCUUCACCACCCUGCUCCAGAGGUUCCACCUGCAGUUUCCUCAGGGAUUUGUCCCCAGCCUCACCCCUAAACUGGGCAUGACUCUCCAGCCUCUCCCCUAUUCCAUAUGCGCUGUCCGGAGACAGCCAUAAACCUUCAGCCAUAAAAGACUGUAGUGCUUUCACCUCAGGGGAUCUUACUUGGAAAACUCGAACCUGUAUAAUGUUUUACACAGGGGGGUUUUGACCUCUCCUCUGUCUGCCAUUGAAUUUCUCAUUCUGAGAAACUACCCUCUGAACUGUUUCAGAGAAGUAUGCCGUAGCUGUACUUGACUUGAUGAUAGCUUUUUUUGUAUCAGGCAGUUGGGCAAUGUAGCAAGUUGCAUAAAGCACAUUGUAAUAAUAUUUGCACAUUAUCUGUGGUAUAAAGUGUUUGGUGCCUCAAGGCAACAAACAUGUGACAGGGUUAGAGAGGAGUUAUGGUGUCAAUUAUUGACAAGAGUUUACCUUUAUGCUUUACAGACCUUAUUUUUUCCCUGCAUUCCUCGAAAUGAGAACAUAGGGUUCUGCCUUUUCUUUCUACAGCUGGGCCAGCUGUCUUUUCCCAGAAAGUUUUGUACAGGCUGUAUGCCGUCUGCUGGUCUGGUGCCAUAUAUCAGAGCUGAACCAACAGCAGCAAACCCCAAAGGAUCAUUUGCUCUUUGCAUUUAUACUUGAUUAUUAAAACUGAAGGUGCUAUGGACUUUUGACUGUUAUAUAGCUUGAAUGGUACAGACUUGAUCAUUUGUUACUUUAGAAAAAGCAUUUCUGCUCAUUGGUUGUCAAACUCUGUAUUGCACAUUAUAUAUUUUUUUUAAAUAGAAUGCUUUCUUUACUUAUUUUAGCAACAGCUUUUGUGUACUUUUUGUGUACAAAAACACCACAAUAAAUGAAUGGAUAUCUUUCAUGUGAUGCAAGUCAGCAGUGUUUUUAACAAAGGCUUCCCAUGUGUUGAAAGUUGAGACGGCAGUCACAGAUGUCUCCUCAGAUGCCCUUAAGUUUUGGCCUCUGGACCACGCAAGCUGGAUUGAAUUAAUGAGUAAUGAGUUACAGUGCGUUUCCCCAUAACAGAGCGCGCCCAGAUUCACACAAGAAUCUCUCUCGGGGGGCUGUUAGCAGAAAUCGUUUGUCAAUAAAUGGCUGCGAUUCAUAAAAAAAGCCCAGCGUGACUACACUUUCUCAGUCACCUUUUUCCUGUAAGUGCACUGUGUGACAAGCGGAAAUGAAACACACAACUUGAUUGAC